AUGGAUUACGCUACAGUCUCUAAGAUAAACCCUGGCCUUAUUUAUGCCAGCAUAACUGGCUAUGGACAGACAGGGCCUUACAGCAACCGGGCCGGUUACGACGUAAUGGUUGAAGCCGAGUUCGGAUUGAUGCACAUUACGGGUGCCCGCGACGGUCCUCCAGUCAAAGUCGGGGUCGCUGUGACCGACCUUACCACGGGAUUGUAUACUUCAAACUCGAUCAUGGCGGCACUGCUCAACAGAGUCAAGUCUGGAAAAGGUCAGCAUAUUGACGUGGCGCUCAGUGACUGUCAAAUUGCAACACUUGCGAACAUCGCUAGCUCGGCCCUCAUCAGUGGCCAAAAGGACUCGGGACGAUGGGGUACUUCGCAUCGUGAGUUCAACCGUGCAUGGGCAUACUCCAUAAGCUUACCAGUUGUAGCGUCAAUCGUACCGUACAAGGCAUUUAAAACCUCCGAUGGCGAUAUUCUUCUAGGUGGGGGCAAUGACCGCCUGUACGGUGUGCUAUGCACAAGGAUCGGUAAGCCAGAAUGGAUACUAGACGAAAGAUUCAAGACGAACGCCCUUAGGGUACAGAACCGCGAUGCUUUGGAAGACUUGAUUGAAAGCGAGACGAAGAAGAAGACUACAGCAGAGUGGCUUGACAUUCUAGAAGGCUGUGGGAUGCCAUACGCAGCCAUCAAUGAUGUUCAAGCAACACUAAAUCAUGACCACACCAUCGCUCGCGGAAUGGUGCAACAAGUCGAGCACCCAUCUUGUGGCCCGAUCAAGCUCGUGAAUACGCCGGUAAAAUACUCCGAAUCGACACCGGGCAUUAGAACGCCACCUCCAACUCUGGGCCAACAUACUGACGAGAUACUGCGAGAUACACUUGGUAUGGGAUCGGAAGACAUUGAGAGCUUGCGAAGUGAAGGUGUUGACAUGGAUCCUCCAAAUCAUAGGACAGCGGAUCCCACAGCGCUCAAUCGCCCAAGUCCCGUGAGCGGCGCAUCUGCCCAAACUAACCUCUCCACAUCUACGGCGCAACCCGCACCAAACGCACCCAUACCACCUUCACCAUGGGCCUCGCAAAACACUAUCGCUUCUACUUCGAACAUUAGCGGCCCGUCUUUUCCACAGUUUUCGGCUGCUACGGCUGAGAUUCUCAAAAGAUUGCAAGCAAACCAGGGAAAUGCAACAGCUGGAACCGCUGCUUUCGAGGCCAAGCGAGCAGAGGUGCUACAGAACUACGUUACCAGCGAUAAGCUCCCGACGCCCCCACCAAUAGCUGGAAAUGGAAGGAGGGGCAGAGGUGGAAGACUGGGAACGCCAUUGAAGACAGAGGGUGGUGCGGGCUCAGCGGGGUCGACGCCCGCUUCCAGGGGAUCAGGCAGAGGCAAAGGCAGAGGUCGGGGGAGAGGUGGUGGAAGAGGCGGAAAAAGAAAGAGGACGGAGAGCGAGGACAGCGAUGUGAAUGCGCCGCAUCUGGCUCUGGGAGACUCUGAUAUCUCUGACUCGUAUACGCCAUUGCCAACACGGACGAAGUCUGGUCGCAGCGUGAACAGGCCCGUCGCAUUCGUUCCCACCCUUCCAGAGCCUACACAAACGGUCAAACGGAGGAGAUCUACAAAGACGAUCCUCGCGGCGCAGUGCAAGGUUUGCCAUCGCGGCACCGAUCCUACCAACAACCGCAUCGUUUUCUGCGAUAGCUGCAAUACAGCAUAUCAUCAAUACUGUCACAACCCGCCGAUAAACAAUGAAGUUGUCAAUGUGCUGGAGAAGGAAUGGUUGUGCGGACCCUGCGAGCGAUCAAAACAGGUCGUCAUCGAGGGAACAGACGGCCUGACCGCUGCGGAAGGACUGUCUAUCGAUGAAAAACGCGCAUAUUUCUCAACCCUCCCACAAGCACGUUUAGUAUCUCUUCUCCUGCAUGCCUCGAUACGCCACCCAGAACUGCCGGUCUUUCCCCCCAACGUCCACGACGUGAUCCCAGACCAGGCCACAUCACCUUCGAAUCCAUCAAUACCCAAAUUCGUCCCACAGUCAACAUCAACAUCGAGACCACAGAACGGCCACGGCUCAACAAGCGGCACCCUGCGCUUCCAGCAGCUCACAAAUGCAAGCGGGUCAGAUGUCGACCCUUCAGAGGCUCAGCUCCUCGGCGAGAUGAGCAUCCACCGCCCCUCAACUAUGAAUCCUCCAUCAAAUCCGAAUGGCGGAUCAGAUCAAGCAGACUAUGAUGAUGGCUACGACAGCGAUCCUCCUGCAAACUACCCCAAAGCCGGAAAUGGCCUUGCGCGCACGCUCCGUCCCGAAUCUGAAGACCUGCAAUGGCUAGUAGAUGACAAUUUUGAAGUGUUCUCUCAUGGCUGGAAGGGAGAUGGUUCUGGCAUGGGCGCCGAUGGCGUCCUCGCUGACGCGAUGGAGGGCGUUCAAUCUGGAAGGGCUUAG